AAUUUUAAAAUUUCAUCAGCUAAUUCUCUCGUGUGUUUUCUAAUUUAAUUUAAUUUAUUACUUAUCAAUACACAAAUAAUAGUUAUCUAAUACAAUGUAAAUCUAAUGCAGUGUUAUACACUGCUGCUUUAGUUAAUUAAUCAUUCCUUUAGUAUUUAUAUUUAUUAGAAAUUAUGUCUGCUAGUCAUGGAAUGGCGGCGUUGAUGAUAAGCAUUCUGUUUUUAUCUCUUAUUUGUGAUAUUACUACAAAUCCAUGUAAAUUGGACGUUAAAGUAGAACAAGUAAUCCAUAACGAAGGAUUUCACAGGAAUAUAACAUAUAGAAUAGUGUUUACUGAAGACUAUGAAGACAGGUGGUCGUAUAGAGACUGUGUUUUGGGACUGGAGCAGACCCUCCCAGCUGGGGUGUAUACAAACCCCGAUGAAUUGGGUGACUUGAGAAGAAUUAAUAGACUGAAUGCAAUUCCAAAGAACAGGAUAAAUGUAGAGCUACCAACAGAACAGUCUGAACCAAAUGUUGUCUAUAUAAUGGAUAAUGUCAGGGACAGUCAAGUAUACAUGUGGCUACCAGUACACGCCAGAUAUCACCAGGCUGUGCCUGGUGGAAGCAUGGCAAGAAAUGAAAUAGGAGCUCCGAAAUUGUACCUGCGCUGUCCUGACCAGCGCCUGGAUCUAUGUAAGAAGGCUGUCGCUUCUUCUAUGACUUUCCUGUGUAAUGGCAGCUCGAAAGAGAAGUGCAUUUGGAAAUCUAUACCAUUCACUAUGAUGACAGACAUGAUUGUAUGGGAUGUUCCCGUGGGAAAUACGGAUGACUACUACAUAGUGGCUGGGGGUACCAGCAUUGUCAUUAUUGUGGGAUCCCUGUACCUGCUGAAGAUCAUUCAUGAGUAUAAAGUUCGGCCGAAGCAGAAAUUACAGUGA